UGGUUUCGUCACUCGCCAAAAACAACAAAUUUCGUGAAAAUCGUAAUCAAAGUGCUUAAAUUUGUUGCAUUAUUUGUGCUCGCAGAGCUUUCGAAAGCUACAAGCCGUCAAGUACAAGCCGUGCCGUGCAAACGCUGGCGAGAUAAAAAAAAACAAACUAAAAUACCAGUACAAAAAACCCCAAAACGAGCGCAGAGGAAUUUCACCAUAGCACAAAGAACAGGGCGGAGCGGAGUGGCUGCCAGCGCAGAGUGUCUUCAUUGCAAUUAAACAUGAAAUUUUCUGCAACGACAACCAGAGCACAACAUUUUUGUAGAAUCGCCCAGCCAGAAGAGCACCAACAGCCGCGCACCUGUAUAAAUAAAAUACGAUCGCGUCCAGUGUCAACCUUCAUUCCGCAAUUGCAAUCGGUGUUCACCAUUUCCAAACGCCGCGUGCAGCAGCAGCAGCAAUACCACCAAAGACAAUUGUGUAGGAUUGCUAAAAAUUGGAAGCAUCAAAGCUUUUGCAUAGCUGCGUCCUGAUCAAAAUAUCUCCUGAUCUCUAACCUAAAACCCAACUAAAUUCAAAUUUAACCUAAAUUCUCGAGACAAAAUCAAUAAAUCGGAAGGAACACGUGCGUUCGGUUGCCGCCAAAGCGAGUAGACAUUUUUUUUGUCGUGUAGACUUCUCUGCGGUCAGAGUCGAGGACCCACUCGGCUACAGGGUAUUUAUUCCCUUUUGAGUUUGUGUUCAACUGAGCAGGCAGGUCGACAAUACCAACGAAAACGUCAUCGUUUUCAAAUAAAAUUUGUGAGAAACGCAAAAUCAAAAACAUCAACAUGCCGCGACGCAAUAAGAAAUCAGGAGGAGGACAAGGCAAAGGUCGGACUAAUGAGUCGAACUCCGAGGACGAGUCCUUUGAUAAUGUGAGCGUCUAUUCGCACGUCUCGGAGGUUGCCUCCUCGGAGGCCAACGACGACCUGGCCAAUGAGCGUUUCGAGGAGAAAUUCGAGAAGGCUCUGGAACAGGCCACCGAGAAGUCGGCCCAGACCCGUGUUCAGGCCCUCCAGGCUAUCUGUGAGCUGCUGAUGCACCGCUAUAUGCCCGAUUUCGUAGAGGACCGCAAGAUGACGCUGAUGGACUUUGUGGAGAAGAGCAUCCGUCGCGGCAAGGGUCAAGAGCAGGUUUGGGGCGCACGUCUGGCCCCCCUGCUGGUACUUCAGAUGGGCGGCGACAAGGGAAUCUCCAAGGCCAUGAACCAGUUUCUGUUGACCACCGUUCAGGACAAGUCCAUCGGCUUCGACGCCAGAGGCAAGUGCGUCACGGCUCUUGGACUGCUCAGCUUCUUGGGCUGCGAGGAUGUCGCCGAAUUGGUCCGCCUGAUGCAGUAUUUCGAGGCCAUCUUUGCCGGCAGCUAUCUGCGGGGCGACGACAAGACCCCAGUGUCGGUCACCGCCGAAGCGGGAGCUCUGCAUGCCGAGUCUUUAAGUGCUUGGGGCCUGCUCCUGACUCUCAUACCACCGGGUGAUUUCGUGUCGCUGAUGACCACCGGAAACAACAUGUUCCCAUCGAUCAAGAAGUUCUUGGGCCUCUUGCAGUCCCCACAUUUGGAUGUCCGCAUGGCCGCUGGCGAAACCAUUGCGUUGAUACUGGAAUCGGGUCGUGCCCACGAUGACGACUUCCUUGAGGAAGAAAUCGCCGAGCUGAGCGAGGCUGUCAAGCAGCUGGCCACCGAUUCGCACAAGUAUCGGGCCAAGCGCGAUCGCAAGGCUCAGCGUGCAACCUUCCGGGAUGUGUUGCGUUAUCUAGAGGAGGACAUUUCUCCGGAAAUCAACAUUCGCUUUGGCACGGAGUCCUUGACACUGGAUUCAUGGUCCAUUCACCACCAGUAUUCGGCCCUCUGCACAGUGAUGGGGCCUGGAAUGACCUCCCAGCUGCAGGAGAACGAGUUCAUACGCGACAUUUUCGAGCUGGGAGCGCGUCCCACCAACACUGGCAUCAAUGGCAAUGCCAAGAUAAAGCCGACCAAGCUGGAGCGCCAUCUGGUGAACGCUGCCGCGUUCAAGGCACGCUCCAUUUCGCGUGGAAAGAAUCGGGACAAGAGAUCGGCCGUCGUCACUUAAAGCUGCAAAAAUAAACCAUCCCUCUACUCGCCAACAGCGAAACAGCAUCCCAAAACAAAACAGAACAAAACGAAACCUCUCAAAAUCCCAUAGCCAACGACCCGCUAGUUGAAUUGUGUCUAUUCUAAUUGUAGCUUGAACAGGGCAUAGCAUAGCCAAAGCUGAAACUAAGUCUAAAUUUAGGAUAUGUUUCUGGAAAAACAGCAAAUGCAACAAAAUUGAAACAAAAUAUUUAUAAGCACUAAACACGAGCAUAGGCCAUUAUUAUUAAAAUAUUAGCACUAACACAAUAUUAAAUUGUGUGUGCUUCGAUCUGAAUUAUUGCACAUCUUUUGUUGUUAUGUAUAUGAAAUUUAGCCUGUACUCGUCGCAUGACUCCCCGCUUUCGGGGCGCUGGGGCGGGACAUGCCUCUUACGUUGUUGAUCUUGAUUUACACUAUAAAUAUAUACAUCCAAACCUACAUAUACUUUAUAUAUAGAAUCUAAAACAAAACUAUUUCUACUUCGAUGUCGUUGCUAAAAGUAGUUCAAAACAAAACAAAAAAAAA